UUUCUGCUGUAUGUUUCCUUGUUAGCUAGCGACACUGCUAGCCAACAAAACAACCCUCCUACUUUCUGUCCCUCUUCUAUUUCGUCCCCUUUCUUCUUUCUGCUUCUUUCUGCAGGAGUUAACACAACUCCUCAUCCACCUCCGAAGUCAUGGACGAGACGAGUCCGCUUGUCUCUCCGCUCCGGGACUCCGGUGAUUUCAGCUACCUCCCCACAGAGCCUACCAGCCCCCGGGGUGCGUUUGGAAGCACUCCGGGCUCCGUGGUGCGCAUCCCGGCCGGCAGCCCGGGGCGCAACCGGGAGAGACAGCCGCUACUGGACCGGGACCGUGGAAACUCGCCUCGAGAGCCGCACAGGAACGAAUUUCCGGAGGAUCCUGAGUUCAGAGAGAUCAUCCGAAAGGCCGAACGAGCCAUAGAGGAGGGGAUCUACCCGGAGAGGAUCUACCAGGGCUCCAGUGGCAGCUAUUUUGUUAAAGACUCACAGGGGAAGAUCAUCGGAGUGUUUAAACCUAAAAAUGAAGAGCCUUACGGCCAGCUGAAUCCCAAGUGGACAAAGUGGCUUCAGAAACUGUGCUGUCCUUGCUGUUUUGGCCGCGACUGUUUGGUCCUGAACCAGGGUUACCUCUCAGAGGCCGGGGCGAGCCUGGUGGAUCAGAAGCUGGAGCUCAAUAUUGUUCCCAGGACCAAGGUAGUGUACUUGGCAAGUGAGACAUUCAACUACAGUGCUAUAGACCGGGUCAAGUCUCGAGGAAAACGGCUCGCCCUGGAGAAGGUGCCUAAAGUGGGUCAGCGUUUCCACAGGAUCGGACUGCCCCCAAAGGUUGGCUCCUUCCAGCUCUUUGUUGAUGGAUACAAAGAUGCGGAUUUCUGGCUACGAAGGUUUGAAGCUGAUCCUUUGCCUGAAAACACCAACCGUCAGCUCCAGCUGCAGUUUGAGCGGCUCGUAGUCCUCGAUUACAUCAUCAGGAAUACAGGCAUGGGAAAUGACAACUGGUUGCUGAAGUACGACUGUCCCAUGGACCCUGUCGGCAACAGGGACACAGACUGGGUGGUAGUAAAGGAUCCCAUCAUCAAGUUAGCAGCCAUAGACAAUGGCCUCGCCUUCCCCCUCAAACACCCCGACUCCUGGAGAGCUUACCCCUUCUACUGGGCAUGGCUUUCCCAGGCCAAAGUCCCCUUCUCCUUGGAAAUCAGAGAGCUGGUACUACCAAAACUCUCUGACCCAAACUUCAUCAAAGACCUAGAAGAAGACCUCUACGAACUAUUUAAGAAAGAUCCCGGUUUCGACAGGGGACAGUUUCACAAACAAGUAGCUGUUAUGAGGGGGCAGAUCCUGAACCUGUGCCAAGCCUUGAAGGAUGGAAAAACGCCCCUCCAGUUGGUCCAGAUGCCUCCAGUAAUCGUGGAAACAGCCAGAGCACCUCAGAGAGCAAACAGUGAGUCCUACACGCAGAGUUUCCAGAGCAGAAGACCCUUCUUCACCUGGUGGUAGGAAAAGAGCAGCGAAGCGAGAGAGGAGGAAGAGGAGCAGCAGCAGGAAGCUGGAGCGAGGAAAGGAGUCGGGAGGAUCCGUGUUCGGAAGGAGGCAAAGUCAGAAUCUGAGAGCACAGGUUUUUGUCCUGGAAAUGGAAAUAGUCCUCACCCCCACUCCUCUGCUGGCGGAUAUUUUGGUAACAGAGAGCGAGUCAGUGGGUGUAAAGAUGAGGCCAAAAGAGGAAGAAUUUCACAACAUUUCUUUCCUGCUUGCUUUUGUGCCUUUUGUGGUUGUCAACUAUAAAAUUCAAGUGAUGAAGAUUCUGUAUCUUCCUGAGCGAUAUUUCCGUCAGAUGACAUUUCUGUUGGACUUCUGCGUGCACGUAAUGUCUGCUCACACUACUCACAUGCAAGCCAGUCAGAAACCUCUCAUGCGCUGGUUUGUGGAUGGGAGGCGUUGCAUUCCAUGUUUUUGUUUUUUUUUUCUUCAUACCUCUCUGCCUUUUAAUACUCACAUGCAUAUUCCCUCCCAUGCAGUUAAAAUCCCUGGGCUGGUGAAAGCAGCGGUGCCACUAGAUCAGCAUUUUAUUUUUUUUAACAAAUAAGAGAAGUGUUCAUUGUGGUUAAGUCUUACAGAUUUGGGAACUGGACAGUUUGACAGUGGUGUGUAUAUCUUUACACAGAGAAUGCAAACUGGUUUCACGUUACUCAUUGCUUCCUGUAAGAUUAGGUUCUGCAAGUCAUCUGGGGUGAUGUUGGAAAGCAGAGGUCCUUUUGGUUAAAGAAGUAAACUGUCAUGCUGAGAAAAGUAUGACUGGGACUUGUGACUUGUCUUUUCACACUGAUAAGUUAAAUAAUCGGUGAAAAACACAAACUUAUCACAUCUGCAACUAAGCGGAGAAGGAUUGGUGGUUCUCAAUCCACCAGCUCCUGCUUGUUUUGGUCAUGCUGAUUUCUGUUCAUUUUCUGGCUCAUGGGUGGACCUGAGUAAACAAAGAAGUAACUUCCUGCUGUACUGAACUGACAUGAAAUGUAUUGUGACAAUGCACUGUAUAAUUUGUAUGUAAUAUUUAAUGAUAGAUUAUAAUUAAAACAUAUUCCAUUAAUACAGAUGA